GGAGAGACUGAGUUAUGCCAGCGGCGCUACAUGUACCGAACAAGCAUGCCGAGCGUGCACCGUUCGAGGAUGCUGGCGUCGGACCGUGCGGCGCCGGACAACGACAACAUCCGCCUCUGCUCUAUGCUACUGGCAUCGGUCGUGUCGCUGUUGCUCCUCUGCGGGGCCCUCUCCGUGGUCUCCAGCACUAGUGCCCUCGCCGUCACCAUGGUCUACGUCAUUGUCGGCCCGGCGGCGAUCAUGCUUAUGCUCGUCUUCCUCGGCUGUCUUGUCGCGUCGGGGACCCGGGCUCUGGCCGUGGAGCUGGAGCCGCAGCCUCAAGCGCCCGCAGAGGCAGCUCCCGCGCGCCUGGCGCGACGCCUUUGCGCGUGCGGGCUGUCUGACGUGGCGGACGUCGCUACGAUGCCAGCGUUCCCGUUUCAGCCGGCCCAGCCCGUGGCGGCGAGCGAGGGCGAGCGGCAACCACCUCGCCGGAGCGGCGUGCUGUGCGCGGUGUGCCUCGAGGACGUGCGGGCCGGCGAGAUUGUGCGGCAACUUCCCGCGUGCCGGCACCUGUUCCACGUCGAAUGCAUCGACGUGUGGCUGCGCUCGCACCGAACCUGCCCGCUCUGCCGCUGCGAGCUCCCGCGGCGGAAGGCAACCGCUCAGCAGACCGUGGCCGUCACGCUGGCCACGCCGGAAGCGGCGCCGUUGCCGCCUGUUUGAGUCUCAUUAAGGGCCUCUUUGGUUCUCGUAGCUAACUACCAGUCCCGGUCGUAUGAUUUUGAGGGCCCCCGGCAAAUUGAUCGUG